AGGCUUAGCAAGCUCUUUGUUAGCAGAUCAUUUUAGGCUGAACAACAAGAGCAAAUCCAAAGUUUGUUAUUUAACAUUCAGCAUUCUAAGACAUUUUAACCAGACAAAUUCCACAGGUGCUGUUACUGUGCAGAAUAAGUUGCAAGGUUUGGCACAUUUUGUAGACGUCAUCAUGUCAGAUGUGGAUGCUGUGGAGGAACACAAGCCAUUCACAGAGUGCAAGGUGGAAAAGCAACAAACGCACGACUGUCCUCACAAAAACGGUGGAUGCAAGAGGAGUGAUGAAGCUGAAGAGAGUACAGGAGACGGGGGAGAGGAAACAGAGACAGACACGCUAAACAUGGCUCAGACGUCUCAGGUCUACACUGCAACCAGAGAUACACUUUUCCCAAAGACCAUGAAUCACACAAGAACACAGGCACUAUCACUUGAAAGGGUGUUUGGGAUGAACCCUGCUCUUUCUGUCUUCAGUCUGCAAGACCACGAUCAGCUGGUGGUUUUCUAUGCUGGAGCACACAUCGGGAUCAUCUAUAAUCACACAUCACAAACCCAGCACUUACUUCAGGGUCACGGCAGCCCUAUCUCAUGCAUGUGUGUGAGUGAAGACCGACGCUGGGUUGCGACUGCAGACCGGGGGCCAAAAAGCAUGGUGAUCAUAUGGGACUCCUAUUCUGGCAUUCCUGUGCAUACAUUGUUCGACUGCCACACAGAUGGGGGUGUCUUCGCCGUGGCAUUUUCAAGAGAUGCUAAAUAUCUGGUAACACUCGGAGCUGAAGAAGUUCAACGUGUGUGUAUUUGGGAUUGGACAAAUGAAACAGAAAAGCCUUUGUGGUUUAUCGAACUUAAUCCUACACAUGGCUUUCAAGAGAGCAUCAUUUUUAAUCCAAACAAUAGCACUCAGCUGCUCACCAGCAGUGAAAGCCAGGUGUUAUUUUUCAGCAGAGCCCAGGGAAGUCUGCAAUAUGUUCCCCUGAAACUUACAAAGACUGUCAGCAUGGCCGGCAGGUUUCACAGUCAGUCUGUGUUUCACUGGAAAGAGCCUCAGGUUCUCAGAGCCACUACAGCAGGUGGCCUUGUUGUGUGGAAUGUGAUGGAAGACCUAGCUGCAAACCAGUGUCUCCCUCAAGACAGAAUCAAGCUCAUUCCACUUCAGAAGGAUCCAAUCACUGUUCUCACAGUAACUGACAGCUGUUUCGUAACGGGUGACACUCAAGGGCAUAUCAAGUUCUAUAAUGAAGAAUUCCUCCUCGUCACGUGGUACAGUAAAUUCAACCUGGAUCCGAUUGUUUCCAUUUCCUUCUCCAAAGAAUGCACAGAAGGAUGUCUGGAGGACUGCACACUGGAAACAAAACCAUUCAUUUUCAGAAACUUUGUUGUGUCCACAGCCAGGUCCACGGUCGUUUACGUGAAUACACAGAAAGGCAUCUCUCAGAUGCUGCUGCAUGAGGACAGUGACCCUCUUCAUGCAGUAGCCUGCCACCCCAAACAGCCAGCUGUGGUCAUGGGCAAUCAUUCAGGCAUUUUAAAAGUGUGGGAUUACAACAACAAUGCAAUGCUCUGCAAAAGGGUCUUUGAGACAGAGAGGCAGAUUCAAUGUGUUACCUAUGACCCUCAAGGAUUAUACCUGGCGGUUGGCUUUGGCAGUGGCUCUGUUCACCUACUGAACCCCCGCACUUUGCAGAAUGAUCCAGUGGAAUGUUUCCAUUACACCGACGACAGCAUCCUUCACAUCACUUUCUCGUCAGACUCAAAGUAUCUUGCUACUGCGGAUGCUGGAAAAGCAGUGACAGUAUACCGCUUGCAGACUGAUGAAGGUUCUCUACCUCACUGGACAUAUCUGGGCAGAUACCGCUCCCAUUAUAAGCCCAUCAAAAACCUUCUUUUUGGGGUUCACCUGGACAGCACCCAACCCAGAUUGUUAUCCCUGGGAAUGGACCGGCGCCUGGUGGAGUAUGACUUGGAAAAAAGUGAUGUAAACCAGCUUGUCAUCUUAAGCUCAGAGCGCAUUGAGCAGAGUGCCGUGCCAACGUGCAUGACUUGGUAUCCUCCGCUGACGACAGAGCAGUUUCUUCUCACUGCCUCAGACCAGUAUAAGAUGAAGCUUUUCAACAGCACAACCAAGAUGUGCAGAAAGACGCUCCUUGGCCCAACAUUGGGCUCCUCCAUCAAGCAAGUGAUGGUUCUUCCCAAGUCUACAGAACCUGAGACAAACUCAUAUUACCUGGCAUACAUCACAGGCGACAUGGUGGGUCUCCAGAUGUUGCCUCUAGAUGGAAACCCCUACAAGUGCAAUGCUUUAGUUUGCCAUCCAACAGGAGUGUCUGCUUUUACCUGCUCCUAUGAUGGCCGAUAUGUUUUUACUGCAGGAGGCUCUGAUUGCACUGUCCUCUCAUGGGAGAUUAGUUUAAAUGCCCUGGAGACUGCAGCCUCACUGGGAGGAAAGGGCCUGGUACCAUUUUACACUCUUCUAGAGGGAGGUGGAGAUGGCACUUUCUACAAGGACAUUGAGGACUUUUUCUUUUUCUGCCAAAUCCGUCAUCAAGGCACUGACUCAAUGGAGAAACGUCAAGUAUCAACCAAAAUCCCACUGUCAGAGGUUCCUUCUCUAAUGAGAGCACUGGCUUACUUCCCGACAGAGCAAGAGAUAGAAGACAUGCAAAAUGAGGUCAAGUUCAGUCAGUAUGCUGAAACCGGAAAAUAUGUGGCCGCCAUUGACCUCGAGGAGUUCAUUAAGCUGUAUGUCAACCAUCGGCCAGCCUUUGGCAUCUCCAGAGAUGAGCUUGUUCAAGAUUUCCAUGUCCUUGGUACACAUGACAGUACAGGACGGCCAGUUCUGCAAAGACAUGAGCUGCUGGAACUCAUACAGGAUCGAGGAGAACACAUGACAGAGGAAGAGGUGGCAGGGUGUUUUGCUACACUUUUAAAAGGUCCUAAUGAAGGAGAAGGAGGAGGAGGGGAAGAACAUACAUCUGAUGGUGGAGAUUCAGAAUAUACUUUGGAGUCCGUGAUCCCAUGUGAGAUAUCAGUGGAGACAUUUACGGGUCAUAUCCUGGGUUUCCCGUCCACAGCAGGUCCCAGUGGCAGUCCGUCCCCUUCAGUGAAGUGAUGACAACAACUGUCUUUGUAGUGUAAAUUUACAAGAUGUGUAUUGCAGGUAUCUUUAUGUAUUUGAUUUUAAAAUAUGAAACAAAAAUCAAUAUUAAGUUAGAUUGAUUCAGA